UAACCACCUCAGCCAGUGUGCCUGUAGCAGCCACUGAGGGUGGACUUGCGCCUUUGUCUGUGUUACACACGUGAUCUAUCGGGGAAAAAAAGCAUUAAAAAUGGAAGGUUUCAAGCACAUUCCCGUGAAACUCGGAGACUUCAGCGUCAUUGAUCAGGAAUUCAACUCUAUUCGCGAAAGAUUCGAUUCUGAAAUGAAGAAAAUGGAAGAUGAGAUGGCUCGCUUCCGAAAUGAACUGAUGAAUCGAGAAUCGUCUCUCUUCCAGCGCUCCAUGCUCACAUCUUCCAGAGCAGAGAUAGUUAGCAACAGUACGCGGCGACGAGAGACCAGAGUCACGGGCAAAGACGGUAACACUGUGGUCAGCAGUGAAACAGAGUCGUCGUCCUCCAGCCAACAAGAUCAAGCCAGUUCCAACCAGGGUACUGGGUCUUGGCUGGAAGGGAUGAAUUCACCUCUUAUCCAGCAAGAUGGUGACUGUAAGCAGUUAAAGCUACGGUUUGAUGUAAGCCAGUACAAGCCAGAAGAGAUCGUUGUUAAGACUGUGGAUAAUAAACUCUUGGUCCAUGCCAAACAUGAAGAGAAGACAGAUAGUCGCUCUGUUUACCGUGAAUAUAAUAGAGAGUUCCUGCUUCCCAAGGGUACAAACCCAGAACUGAUCAAAUCUUCACUCUCUAAAGAUGGAGUGUUGACUGUGGAAUCGCCACUUCCAGCAAUCGUUGGAGGUGAUGAAAAAGUCAUUCCCAUUGCACAGAACUAAUUUCUUGAACCUUUAUUAAAAGUAAUAGGCAAGGAUUGAAUCCACAGCAGCAUUAAACCUGUUUAGGUGAGCAAAGCACUCAUAUAUUUCGGUGAAAAAUAAAGUAUUGUUGAUUAAUCAAUUGUGCAUUUUUUUCAUUAGUUAACCAUCAAUUUAUAGACUACUAAAGGUAAUUACUGUAUUAAAUUUUUGGAGAGUAGUUUGUAGUGGUAAUUUUGUUUUUCAUAGUUUUGAUGAUGGUUGAAAUGGAGACAAUAACAAAUGUUUAAAUGUGUUAUAAUAAUUACAAGUUUCAUUUUAUACUAAAGAUAUCAUCCUAAUAUGCAGUAUCAUGUAAUUAUACAAUAAUUAUACUUUAUAUAACAUUAAUGCAGAAUAUAAAAGUACUAAUUUUUGUUUGUCAUAAAUUACAUGCCUCAGCUGCCAAGAUAAUGUAACACCUCUAGAAUUAGUAACUACUAUAGGCACAAAUAAAUUCUUUGUAUAUCCUACACUUUAUGUAGAAUGUCAGGCAUUGAGGAAUUUUAUUUUAACAUUAUUUAUAAUAAAACUGCAAUGUACAACUUUCAGAAAUAAAGAGAUUAUAGUAA